AUCCAGAGAACCUCAUGUUCAAGCAAUCAACUUGAUCCGUUUGUAUAUCCUGUGCCUAGCAUAUAAGAAUACAUUCCCUGUGUGUGUGUGUGUGUGUGUGUGUGUGUCUCUAUUUGUAUCAGCAAGGCUUUCCCUUCUGACAUGGUACAGACAGGUUGUUGCAUUGGAACUUUGUACAAACUUUUGAUGUCCUUGCAUUACAAGUUAUUGUUGAAGAAUUGGCUUUCCUUGUUAAGGACAAUCUUCGUUCCAAGCAUCUUGUUCUCUCAGUGGAAGAGGCAUUGGUCAACUUCCUUCAGGAUGAUACCAGAUGGUGUCCUGGAGUUGGAACCAAUGGACGCAUAUAGCCGUCUUCUCUUGCAUCGCCUUGCUGAAAUAUUUGGAUUUUCCCACUCAUCUGUUGGUGAUGGAGAUGACCGGCACCUAGUGUUGGAGAGAUGCUCAGAUACAACAAUACCUUCCAUCCUCGUUAGUGAUAUUUUGUGGCAGUCCGAAGAGCAUCCAUCUCCAAUGGUUUCACAUCAAUUAUUGAGAAAAACAGAGGCCUUCCCAGUGUUGACAACAGAAAUGCCUUCUCUUCAACAUUCAUUUGAGGAGAGAAAAGCAGCUUAUCUGGUUGCUCGUGACCGAAUAUUUUCAAUGAAUUCGGGUGAAGUUUCUGAACCUGUGGAGCGGAAGCCACGAAAUGUUCCUGUGGUCGCCCGCCGAAUGAUUGCACAUGCUCUAGGCCACAGAAUAAAUCCAUGCAAUCAGGCUACGAAUGGGGAAUGCAAAGAGCAUAGUGGGCAAACAGAUGCAUUAGAUAUUCAAUGCAGGGAGCCUAAGGUAUCAGCAGAAUCUUCUCAGAAGACUGACUCCCCAUCGGGACAAAAUAGCAACCCUCAUGCAAAAGUGAAAAUCAAUGAUAAUAUCUCAAGUGGAUCAUCACCAAGUAAAAGCAAUAUGGCUCCAAAGCAAACUGACAAGAUUUGCCCUCAUUUUAAAGCAGCUCAGAAUGGAAGCAGUGGGAAUGGGAUCAAUAAAGACUCCUUGCAAAGGGAGCAUUUGGGAGCUGCAAAGAGAAUGUUUGCUCAUGCCUUGGGGUUGCAAGCAGGGAAGGAUGGUUUAAUUUCGAAAGGCAAUGAAAUAAAGUAAUGCGGAGUAAGAUCUGAGAAAUCUUUGAAUUUGAGGCUGUUUAUGUCCUUUCUUUCACGCCCGAGAAACUUUGUUGGAGCUCUCCACGUUUUUCCAUUGCAGCCAACGAAUCUAAUGAGUUUUUAUGUGUUAGAGCCCUUGCUGAUAUUGUUGGCAGGAGAUGCAUGGCAAAAGAGUGAAUGAGGUAAUACAGCUGUUCAUUUGGUGAAUGAUGAUAAUUUUAUAUGGCCCUUCGCUAAAGUAUUAAAUGAGCGUGAAGCCGGAAUCAAAUGGCGCAGGCGUGUGGUAGACGAGUGGAACUUGGUUGUGAUUAUAUUGCCCAACUCGGGCAUACCGCUGGCCAGUCUAUUACCCUUGUUUUAUGACCGUCCUUCGCUUCUACAUAUUUUGGUUCUGUUAUACGGUCUUAUUCUCUUAUGUAUCUGAUGUGUUUGAUUUAAACCUGAAUUAUUUCACAGCUGUCACUGGAUUAUGUUUGUAUUUUUUUUUUUCUAGAUUUUCAGUUUUGCUGUAAAUUCUUUGCUUUUUAUGUGGAUGUGUAUAAUGUUGCAAAUGAAUCUGAAAUUAG